GCUUUUAUCGUCAGUAGUGAUAAGAUGAAGAAAAGCUAUUGAUUUUUCUCUCAGCAAUGGUUAGUUUUAUCGUACACAAAUGUUGGGUGCUUUUAUUUACAAAAAGGAGUACUGUCUACCAUUAUUCAUUCCACAGCUGUUGUCAACCAAACCUUUCCUUUCUAUGUAAAGGUUGGCUUGGCCUCCUACAUAUUAGCCAAAGCAAGAAAACCAACAAAACCUAUAAACAGCUACUUGUCUUUGUGUGUUGAUUAAUUGUAGUUAACAUGGCACGUCAGGCAGAUCGUCUAGUUAAGAUUGGGCAGGAGGGUUUUGCAGCCAUUGAUGAGCACUUCGGCCGGGCCAAGAGGCGGCCACCACUUAUGAAGGUUCCCUAUGCUCAUCCCACAUAUUACGAUGUUCCUGCAACAGAAGUUAUCAACAGCAACGAGGCAGCUCAACGCUACAAGGGGAGGGUUUAUGUCGAUUACCCUAAGGAGAAACCAGUUCCGUUUUAA